AUAAAUGUCAUAACAAAAAACAUAACCUUUAUAAUUAUGUGGAUUUUGAAACGUAUUGAAAUAGAUAAAAAUGUUAAUUUCAAAAUGGAAUCAAAUACUGUUCUUAUUAAUAAUUUUAUUUGAAAUAUCUGCCGCAAUAAGGACUUACACGAAGGACGAUUUGAAUAAAUUGAGAGAAGAAGUCCGGGAAAUGUUUUAUCAUGCCUAUGAUAGUUAUUUAAAAUAUGCCUAUCCUUAUGAUGAACUUAGACCAUUGAGCUGUGAUGGAAUGGAUACUUAUGGAAGUUAUUCGCUGACUUUGAUUGAUGCCCUAGACACCCUGGCGAUAAUGGGUAAUCAUUCAGAAUUCCAAAGGGUCGUGGAUAUUCUUUCAACAAAAACUGACUUUGAUGCCAAUAUUAAUGUAUCUGUUUUUGAAACAAACAUCAGAAUCAUAGGAGGUCUACUAAGUGCACAUUUGCUAUCACAUAGAGCUGGUGCAAAACUAGAGCCUGGUUGGCCCUGUAAUGGGCCGCUCUUAAGAUUAGCAGAAGAUGUUGCAAAGAGAUUAAUAGUUGCCUUCGACAGCAAAACUGGUAUGCCUUAUGGGACUGUUAAUCUUCAUAGUGGCGUUCCUAGAGGUGAAACUACAGUUACAUGUACAGCUGGUGUUGGUACUUUCAUAGUUGAAUUCGGUACAUUGAGCAGACUCACAGGAGAUCCGUUGUAUGAAGAGGUUGCAAUGAACGCAAUUUAUUCUCUUUUCAACCACAAAUCUCAGCUUGGGCUAUUUGGAAAUCACAUUGAUAUAGAUUCAGGUAGAUGGACCGCUCAAGAUGCUGGUAUUGGAUCGGGAGUUGAUUCUUUUUUCGAGUACUUGGUGAAAGGUUCCAUCUUACUUCAAAGGCCUGAACUGAUGGAAAUGUUCCACGAAGCUAGAAAGUCUAUUGACAAAUACAUGAAGAAAGACGAUUGGUACAUGUGGGUUUCAAUGACCAAGGGUCAAAUAACUUUGCCGGUUUUUCAGUCAUUGGAGUCAUAUUGGCCUGGAGUUUUGAGUUUAAUAGCAUCAGGCUCGGUGAACGGUGAUUUAAGGAAACAGUUCAUUACUGAAUGUGCUAUAUAUAUGGAAAUUAAAGAUGUUCGUGACCACAGAAAAGAAGACAGAAUGGAAUCUUUCUUCCUGUCAGAAACAACAAAGUAUUUAUAUCUUCUAUUUGACACUGACAAUUUCAUUCACAAUCAGGGACAAUAUGGGACAGUAAUCAACACCCCAAAUGGAGAGUGUGUCAUAGAGGCUGGAGGUUAUAUUUUCAAUACAGAAGCUCAUCCUGUAGAUCCGAGUGCUUUACAUUGUUGUCACAGUAUAUCAAACAAAAACUUAUUAGAUCUCAAGGAAUUGGAAAAAAAGAAGUCUUUGUUCAGAGGUGAAACAGUGAGAGAUAGAAAAAAUCAAGUGCCUCAUGGACAGCAAAAUGACAUUGAUACUUCUGAGGAGUUUGAAGACGAAAAAAUAACUAUAGUAACGGAAUCCACAAGUACUUACGUCAAACUGGAAGAUAACGACAGUGUCAGCCAGAAAAUUAGUGUAGCAAAUGAAGACUAUCAAGAUAAUAUCACGUUUCUUGAUGAGGCCGACGAAAUUUCAUUUCCGAAAAUAUUGAGCCAGAUAAUUAGGAAGGAGGGAAAGAAGUUUGACCCUCAAGAGAUGCUGGAAAGAUUUCGAACUGAAAAUAAAUAUCCCAGGAACGCAUCUUGGGAAAACAAUUAUAUGUUGUUGUCGUGCAAAGGACAGUCUUUUCUACAAAGGUUAUCAGUUUUGGGGGAGUUUUUCAAUAAAUAAUUUGGUUCAUU